AUGGCUUUCUCCAGCUGGUUACCUAUUCCCACCAACUCCCCAUUUAGCCUGGCCAACAUCCCCUUUGGGAUCAUCCAGCGGUCUGCAUCUGACCCCCCCCACCCAGCAAUCGCAAUCGGAGACCACGUCCUCGACCUCGCGCUAUUCAGCGCGCACGGGGGAUUCUCAGCAAUUUCCCUUUCCCCAGCUCUAGACGUGAGCGUCUUUGAAAAACCAACCCUCAACGCCUUUGCCGCCCUCGGCCAACCCACCCAUCGAGCAGUCCGCCACUACCUACAGGAUGUAUUCCGGAAGGAGACCCCCUACGGACCCAUCCUGCGCGACAACCCGGACCUCCAGCGCCAGGCACUGCUCCCGCGGGGAUCCGUGCAGAACCUCCGGCCCAUGCACGUGGGGACCUUUACCGACUUUUUCGCGGGGAUACACCACGCCCGGAACUGCGGAGUCAUCUUCCGGGGCGCCGCCAACGCCUUGCAGCCAAAUUAUACCCAUCUCCCUGUGGGAUACCAUUCCCGUGCCUCGUCGGUCGUUGUCUCGGGCACCCCUGUCUAUCGGCCCCGUGGCCAGAUCCUAUCACCAUCGGGAGAGGCCCCUUCCACAGCUGCUUCUUCAACGACGACGACGACGGGGCCCAAGGCCGUUCCCAUCCUGGCACCCUGCCGCCGCCUGGACAUGGAAUUAGAGCUCGGCGCGUUCCUGUGCAAGGGGAACCGGCUGGGUGAGCCUAUCCCAAUCGACCAGGCGGACGAAUACAUCUUUGGCUACGUGCUGGUGAAUGACUGGUCGGCGAGGGAUAUCCAGGCCUGGGAGGCUGUCCCGCUGGGGCCAUUCAAUGCAAAGAGCUUCUGCACGACCAUCAGUCCGUGGGUUGUCCUGCCCGAUGCCCUGGAGCCGUUUCGGGUCCGGGCGUUGGAGAGUCCGGAUCAUCCAGGCCAGGUGCUGCUGCCCUAUUUGCGGGAAAAGGUCGAGCGCAACGUCUUUGAUAUUAAUCUGGAGGUUUCGCUUAGCACAUCCACCCACGAGACCCCGAUCAGAAUCACCAAGACCAGCAGCCGCAACCUGCUGUUCUCAUUCCCGCAGAUGAUCGCCCACCACACCGUCAACGGAUGUCCACUGGAAACCGGGGACCUCUUGGGCUCGGGGACGAUCAGCGAAACCGAGCCGGGGACCCUGGGGAGUUUCCUCGAGAUGACGCAGGGCGGGAAAACCGCAGUCGCAAUCCCGAUCGAGGUCGAGGUCGCAGCAGUCCCCGUGGGGUCUGAGGGAGGAAAAGCUCGGAAAGAAGUGGGCAGGAUGUUUCUCGAGGACGGCGACACGGUCACGAUUACGGGGGUUUGUGCGGGAUCGCCGGCGGUUGAGGGCUGUUUGGUUGGGUUUGGCGAGUGCUCGGGGACGAUUUAUCCUCCUUGCGCGUAUGACUACUAG